ACUGUCCCGUCUGCAUUCUCAGAGACGUGCCCUGAGUGGACAAAUCAUGCUGAUUGUGUGGGAGAGAAACCCAGCGCUGCUCUCAAGAUGAAGGCAGAGCGGGAGGCAUCAUGCAAAGAGACAGCCAUUCCUUCACUCUUUCUUCUCCUGUGGCUUUUCAUCUUUUCCUUGGCAGAUGUAGGUGGAGUAAACAUCAGCAGCCCGUCUCCUGUAGUGCGAGGAACACUAGGAGGCUCGGCUCUUCUCUCGGUGACCUACACCAGCACCAGUUUAGACCAUCCUGUCAUUAAAUGGCAGCUGAAGAGGGACAAACCCGUCACUGUGGUCCAGUCUAUUGGAACUGACAUCAUUGGGAACUUGAGACCUGAAUACCGUGGCCGAAUCCUCCUGUAUGAGAACGGCUCCCUGCUCCUGCAUAACCUGCGGCUGUCUGAUGAGGGCUCCUAUGAAGUGGAGAUCUCCAUCACUGAUGACACCUUCACUGGGGAGAGGCACGUCAACCUCACUGUGGAUAUUCCAGUGUCCAGACCAUUUAUACACAUGGUGGCCUCGUCUGUCCUGGAGCUGACCGAGUUCUUCAUACUCAACUGCACUCAUGAAAGCGGCACCAAACCCACCUAUAGCUGGCUGAAGGGUGGCAAAUCUCUAACCAAUGACUCUCGUCUGCUGUUGUCACAUGACCAGAAGGUGCUGACCAUCUCGCGUGUAAUGAUGUCAGAUGAUGAUGUAUACAGCUGUAGGGUGGAGAACCCCAUCAGCAGCAUGAAGAGCAUGCCGGUCAAACUCACUGUCUACAGACGGAGUUCUCUCUAUAUCAUCCUCUCGACAGGAGGCAUUUUCUUACUCAUCACCCUGGUGACUGUGUGCGCCUGCUGGAAACCCUCCAAAAAAAAAAGGGAACAGCUUGCCAGACAAAGUGUAGCCGAGCAGAGCAACGGCAGUCAUGAGGUAGUUGAUAUUGUGCCUGCUAGAAAUUACCAUAAUCGUCGGAAUCCAGGUGGAUUGUAUGUUCUCAAUGAAACGGAUUUCCCUGGGGGAACAGAUGAGUCUUCUGGUAAUUAUAUCAACCCUAUUGAUCCUCUCAGUCCACCUUGUUACCCCAACAUGGCUCCUCCUCCUUCCUCACAAUCUCCAGAUGCUUAUAUGCAUUCAGGAAGAAGAUACCCACGCACCCCUGUGCCGUCUCCUCCACCGACCCCUCACGGGACAUUCAGUCCACCCCUGUCUUGUCCAAUAUAUCCGGGUAGCUUAACGCGCAAGCCCCACCCACCAAGGCUAAGCUCCUCCCCUUCACACGCUGAAGAUCCUCCCACUGAUGGAGAAAACACUAUGCACCACCACAGCCUUCCCAGAUGAGCACGACUGAGGAUGGACAAAUCAUCACCUUAGAAUUAUAAGGUUCUAUCUGACAUUUUUGUCAAAAUUAUUCACAUAUCAAAGUUAUUCCCAUAUUCUUAUUACAUGACAACUUAUUUACAUCAUGGGAUGUUUUUUAUAAGUUGUUUACAUUUUAAGACUUUUUAUUUUAAAAACAAUUGUUACACACAUACUGUUCGCUAUGGACAGCAAAAAUUUUAAAGCUGAUGCCGAUGCAGAUUGAACCUUAUAAUUCCAAGUGACAAAAUGUAAAGGAUAGUGUUUGAUUAUGAGACUUUGCAUAGACUUUUCAUUAAUAUUGGCACCCUUGGCAGUCAAAAGAUGAAUAAAAACUUAACUAUUUUUGUGCCAAAAAAGUAUAUACUCUAACUUAAAAUUUUUAUCACACCUGUGUGAUGAGAAAUUUAAAGUGGUAAAGCCAUGAAAAAACACGCUGGCCAAACUUAACUAUUCAACACAAUGGGUGAAUUCUGGGUUGCCAGAUUAAGAAUCUUCAGAUUUAAAAAAAGUUAUAAUAUUUUAAGCAAAAUAUUUUCAGUGCAAUCUUUCCAUAUAUUUACCAAGUGUGCCAAUAUUAGUGGAGGUCCCUCUAUGUGGUGCUGUAUGUGGUAAAUCGCAAUUUAAAACAGUCUAAAAUCAAUUUUAGUGUUUUAAGAUUUCCAAAAACUUUAGGUAAAUGAUUGUUUACAGGACCGAAACAUAAAGAUCAUUAGUUGUUAAGCAAAGAACUAAUUUCCCAGACAAGCACAUUGAUGAUUUAUUUUGUUUUCUAAUUAAAUACAUUUUUUUACAUCAUUGUUUAGCUGUGGUUAAGCUUAAACUAAACUGAAAUAAUGCUAUAAAUAGAAAAAUAUUUAAUUUGAGGUAUAACAAAGCAUUAUGGGAAUCUGUUUGAAUCUGCUGUAAAUACUUUGUCAUUAUUAAAAUGAUUUUAUUAUU